AUGGAACCCGUUCCCGGGGUCGAGCCUACGAAAGGUGGCAUCUACCUUUGGCGAUAUGUCCCCAGCGUGGCAGCUGCCGCCAUAUUCCUCGUGCUCUUUAUGGGCUCAUUCCUUUACACAUCUUGGAAGAUUUGGAGGACACGUGCCAAUUUUUGCAUCGUCUUUGCUGUGGGAUGCUUCAUGGAAAUGGUCGGAUAUGGUGUUCGCGCCGGUGCUCGCAACAAGACCGGGCGGCUUAUGCCCUUCUGCAUCCAAAACAUGUUCAUCUUGGUCGCCCCAGCCCUCUUCGCCGCGAGCAUCUACAUGACACUCGGUAGAAUCAUCAGGAGCAUACGAGCCGAAAGACACUCCAUGAUCAAGCCGUCUAAGCUAACAAAGAUCUUUGUCUUUGGCGACGUCUUCUCUUUCAUGGUUCAAGGCGGCGGCGCAGGAAUGUCCGUCGUGCAGAGCCAAAGCCUCGCCAAGUGGGCUGAGAGAAUCGUCAUUAUUGGCCUUUUGAUCCAGAUCAUCGCUUUCGGACUGUUUUGCGUCGUGGCUGUUGUCUUUCACAGGAGAAUGAAGCGCACUCCCACGGCAGCGUCAAUUGGAAGCCUUGUUCCAUGGGAGUCGACUCUGUACAUGCUCUACGGCGUCAGCAUUCUCAUCAUGAUCCGAUCCAUCUUUCGAGUCAUAGAGUAUGCCCAGGGCUACACAGGCUAUGCUCUCUCCCACGAGUGGACGUUGUACGUCUUUGACGCUUUGCUGAUGUGGAUUGUUACCGUCAUCUUUGCUUGGAGAUUUCCCAGCCAGCUUGAUGUUGGGCUUUCGAGCAGUUCAGAUGACGUGGGGCUGAACUACUCUCUUCAGAAGUAG